AUGAUGAACAGUAGUAGUAGUGAUACGCAUCCGUCAAUGAUUGAAAUCGACGAUGACGAUGAAAAAUCGAAAAAUAGUAGUAGUAAUAGUGAUCAAUACGAGGAUUUGAAUGCAGCGAACUCGCAAAAUCGAGCGCAUGUAUCUCGGUCGAGCAUCACCAGCAGCAGUAGUGCAAGUCUAUCGAACGGUGGAACCAAACGUCAAAAGGAUAUUUCACCGUGUUAUGUCUGCGGAGCAAAAGCACAUGGUUACAAUUUUGAUCAAAUUACUUGUGAAUCAUGUAAAGCAUUCUUUCGACGAAAUGCGCUGAAAGCUAUGGAUAAAUUUCGUUGUCGAAAUAAUAAUAAUUGUGUGAUAACAUCAACAACGCGCAAACGAUGUAAACGAUGUCGAUUAACAAAAUGCUUUACAGUCGGCAUGCGAAAAGACUGGAUUCUCACCGAUGAAGAAAAACGCUUGAAAAGACGAAAGAUUGAACGAAAUCGUUUGAUCAAACAACAGGCACACAUGACUAUCCAACAACAAGCGAAUCGUGAUAUAAAUCAUACAAAUUUUCAAUCGAAUCUCCUUUCGACUGAACAAUCAUCGUCAUCGAGUUCGUCGCAUCCAGUGUCGAGUAAACAUGGCGAACCAUGCCCUCUUUCCUUGCCAAUGAUGCACAUGCACCGCCCGUUCGAUCAGCAACUGUACGAACGUCAACAAUGCCUCUUAGCAAACUUAGCAAAUGGUUAUCAAAUGAUAUGUCAGCAAUAUCCGCAACCAAACAAAUUCGCUUACCGUAAUGCAUUAAUAGCGCAAACAACCAAUACGGAAUCAAAAUUACUGCUAGUGAAAGAUCUAACGCGUGAAUUAACGCAGAUGACGACAUCACGUUUGUUAUAUUACUUCUCCUUGAUACCGGAAUUUCAAUUAUUGACAGAGAUUGAAAAGAAAUCGAUUCUGAUUAAAAACAUGUUAGCAGUAUUUAUGUUCCAUGGAGCAUUGACAUACAAUGCCGAUACGGAUACGUUCGUUGAUCGAACAACAGCGGAUCAACCGUAUGAUGCCAAAUACAUAUUGUUUGUCUAUGGGCCACGCGUCUAUAAACAUUUUAUUGCGUUAGCAACCAAAUUAACUUCCGUUACUUAUCAAUCGCCGUAUGAUAAAGAAGCAGACGAACGUGCGCACACGUUGUUCUUAUUACUGAUGAUUGUACUCUUAUUUUCGGAUGGAUUCGAGGCAGGCUUUAAUAUAGCUUCAUAUGAACAAGGACAGCAAAAGGCAAUGGAACACGAUUCGCAUAAAAUGACGAGUGAUUCACCAGCAUCUUCACCUUCGUCAUCAUUGGCAUCGACAACUUCUUCAUCAUCAAUAUCGAAAUUGAAUGAAAAACUGAAUCGAAUUCAACAAUCGUACGUCGAACUAGCAUGUCGCUAUUUACAUGACGCUUUCGGGUUGAAAGUUGGACGACGAAUGUUUCAAAAUCUCGUACCUUUACUUUUCGAUCUACAAAAACUUUGUUCGACAUUGGCGAAUGUAAAUUUAUGUGAAUUAGUCGAAGAUGAUGAUCGAUCGUCUUCGUCGAGAGCGACGACAGUCCCAAGUAUUGAACCCGUGACUUCAGAACAUUCUACUACACAAAUACCUACAACCCAUUUUAAUUCAACCAUGAUUAGUGAAACAUCGCAUUUGAAUGAAUUACAGAAGGAAAACCGAGCACCGCCACUAUCGCCUAUAGUUCACAGUACAUCCACAAGUACCUCAGUUCGAUCACCGUUGGCAGGUAACAGCUUAUCCGGGUCGCCAGCAUCAUCAUCGACUUCAUCGACCGUUCUUUCAAAUACUAUGCCAACAAACGAAAACUACUAA